AUGCAGCUUUUGUGCAGGACGAGGAGUGCAAGGCCCACAAAUCGAGCAUACCCUACGCCAGUGCCCACGUGGUGGGAAGCAGGUUCUCAGCUCAGAGUUAGCAGAGGGAAUCUACGAAGAAGGCUUCCGUGCUCGCGGAGGCUGCCGGAGAUGUGCUCUGCCUCGGGAAGUCUGUCAGGCAUGGGAACAAGAUACAUUUGGGGAGUGGUGUUUUCAUCCGAGAGUCCGUUGCCAGUACGGAAGCCAAGCUUACGAUACUGCCAUUGGAUUCUUCUUCUGCAAGAGCUCUCGUUACCGUAUAGAGCUUAUGGAGAAUGCAGCUGGCUUGGUGGCAGGCAACGAAGCACCAGGGCCUGA